AUAUAUAUAUAGUCUCCUGCUGGUUCUGUUUCUCUGGAGAACCCUGACUAAUACACCAAUAUCAGAUCUGGACUCCCCAGAUUCCAUUCGGGGGAAAUGGUCGUUUUGAAAGUCUUCAGUGACAGCUGCGAGAAUCUCCCGAGGGAGCCGUUUAAGGAUGGGGACGGAGUCCAGAGCACGGCUGCAUGACUCAUGGCAAGAGUGAGCCUAGCCGAGCAGCCCCAAUCCACUUCCAACCAGAUCACCAGGACAGAUGUAGGGAGUGCAGCUCUGUCUCCUAUCUGUUGAACUGCCUCGAUUUCUCCUUUGCAUCUUGCUCAUAUUUAUAGGAGGAAAAAAUUAUCUGAUUAGAAAUUAUACCCAUAAUUCAACUAUUUAAUGUUCACUUUUUAAAAAAUUUCUUUCCAUCCUCCACCCUCCACCCUUUACCCUCAGGUGGGAAGAUAAUCCCCUGACCCUUAGUGUCACAUAGCUGUUUAUGUGACCUUGAGGAUGCCACAUGUCACAAUGGACAGUUACUCAUUUACUGAACGCUUACUCAACAUUGGCAUAUGCCAGGUGCUGAGCGAGGCCACUGGGCUACCGAAUGAAUGAGAGCCAGCCCCUGCCCCCAGGCGCACAAAUUCACGCAAGAGAAGGCCACCUAAACAGAUAACUGUAAAGCAAGUGGUGGCUUACCAUUCCGUUUCCAAAAGGAAAUACUAUUGUGUCAGAGAUGCACAAGUUUAUGGUAAAACCACAGAGAAAAACAGGAGAAUCAUGUCCACAGAAGUGAGGCUGAUGGUCGGAGGGAGAGGGUUCAUUUGGAGCGGGCCAUCCGUGGGUUCCAAGGGGCUGGAAAUGUUCUGUUUUUAACCUGGUGAGGUGUGUGAUGAUCCCCUGAAUAGAUCAAUAAGAAUGAUUUGGAGGUGAGUAAAAGAAAACCCAGUUCCAACUGAACUAAGAAGAGGAAGUGUACACCCAGGUCCAUAGCAGCACUAGUCGCAAUAGCCAAGAGGCGGAAGCCACCCUACGUCAUCAGCAGAUGACGGGAUAAACACAACGUGCUGGAAAGGAGAAAGAACCUGUUUUUGCUUCAUCCCAAAAACCAAAUGAGUAUUUUUGGUUCAUGUCUGACACUCAUCCCAGUUACAGCAGCUCCCAAUCAAGAUACAGAGGAAUUAGAGAAUAAAAUCCCAGCACGAUGUUCCUCAGUGGAGACACUGAUCCCACGAAAGACGAUGUGGCUGCAGAGUCUCCCACGUGUUCACUGCCAGAAUUGUAUGCAUUGGUAAAGGAUUUUAAUAGAGAGAGCAAGAAAUCGAAUCUCCUAAAAAUUCACAGUAUUUCACCUAGGGAAGCACAGAAAAUACUUAGUCAAAACCUGAAUGCCAUGUCAUUCACCAGUGGCACCGAUGUGAGAGGAAAAGCCCCCCAACCUGUUUCCAUGUGCAAAGUGGUUAGAAAAGAAGAGGAGAAACCAGAAUCUAUGACUGAACUCCUGCACCGCAGCUUGUUGACCAGCUCGCUCUCCCCAAUGGAGAGGCUCACCAGGUCCCAGCAGAGACUCGCCCAGUGUGGGAUCCCUCCUCCCGCGCACACUUUUCCUUAUGAGAUUCUCAUGGAUCACUCCAAAGCAUCACUGGUCAACAUACAGAAGAAGAGUCAGAGCAGCAGGAUACUGUGCAGGCUGGGCAUCUCCUACAUCAAGCCAGAAAAGCUUGUCCUUGAAGACAGCAUUCCUAAAUACGUAUUUGCUAAUUCAGAAAAACAAUUCAUGGAUCUGAAGGAUCUGGAAUGGAAAUAUUAUAAGGGGAUCGUGAAGUGGAAGCACAUUACUUCCGACUCGUUUGUAAACAUAAAAUACAACAGUGAGAAGAGGUUUGUGGAGAGCCGGCAGAUGCCUGAUGUUAUUUUCCCCCCUCUAGUUCGUAGGUCUUUGGUCAUUUGUCCUCAGGUUGAUUAUCCAAAAAGAUCUACCUUCUUCUUAAAUUGAAUAUGAAGUUUAUUAAAAUAUCUUGGAUGUAAAUUUUGCUUUUGAGAGCAUUACAUUUAUACAUGAAAAGUAAAGAAGCAGAGUCACCAUGGAAUACAAGAACUGAAUCUCUACAAAAUGCAUGUAAGGUCCAAAAUUAAACCAUUAAUAUGGAGCAAAGGAUCCAAAUUGAUCUGCUAAUAUAAAACGUGGUUUGGACUGGUGAAACCCAUCCGGACCAAGACGGAGGCAAACCUGGAUCAUGGGAAAAGAAAGGCGCACAUGAAGGAGAACUCCCCAGCAAGAAUAGCUCUUAAACAGAUUUUAAGCACAUGAAGAAGUCCAUUAUCAUAAAAAUAGUUGAUAAGUUCAACUAAUGGAAGAAUUAACAUCUGAGGAUGUAGAGAUCAAUCCAAGAACUUAAAAAUAAUAUGUUCCCUGCUCAAAGACAUGAGGAGGGAAGUGGCACCUAUGAAUUAAGAACAGGAAGAUGUGGAACAGAACAAAUUGAAAAUCUUGGAAGUGAAAAUUUAGCCAUCAAAAAUAAAAUAAUAACAAUAAUAAUAUUCAAUAAAUCACCUUACUAGUAUUCUGAGGUAUAUAUCUGAAGAGGAUUCAUUUGGAAGACAGUACUGAGGGAGAAGCUUCCAAAUAACAGCACAGGAAGAUAAAGGAAGAAAUUAUGAAAGAAGUUAAGGGUAAUGGAGGGUAGAGUGAGAAGUUCAGAAAUAUAGCCAAUGGAAGUUGCAGAAAAAACAAGGAAAUGAGAUGACGUUUGGAAAUAAAGUAAUUCCAAAAAUGAAGAGACACAUGAAACCCUGAAUUGAAACAUACCACUGAGUGAUUAGCAACAAAAUAGAAAUAAAUUAUGCCUGGAAGCACCGUAGCAAAACUGCAGAGCAUUAAGCAAGAAGGGAAAACAAGAAGAGAAGAUAGAGGACAUGCAAAGAAAUAACAAGUCAACAGUGGAACGUUCGUUAACAACAUCAGAAGGGGAUGGUGUCACAUACCCAAAAUGCUGACAGGAAACAACCAUCCAUCUGGAAUUCUCUAACCAGCCAAACUCUCUUUAAAGAAUAGGGACAAAAUAAAUACAUCUUAAAACAUAUAAGAGCCAAAAUUGUUUACUACCCACAAUCCCUUACUGGAAAAAUUGCUAGCACUUUAACAAGAACCCAGAGGGAAUGCAAGAAAUAAUGGUGAGCAAUUAAAUGAUUAAUAGUAUAUGUGUAUGAUUGUGUACAUGUUAAAAGAUAUUUCUGAAUUCUAUUUCUUAAUAUUUUAUUUAGAAAAUUUGCCUCAUUAUAAGUCAAAUUAUUCUGUAGUUUCCACUUUUUACACUAUUUUUUUGAAUCAGAUUUUGGCUACAGCAUAGUGGAUUUCUUCAGCAGGAGAGACUAGAAAUGGGCAUGAGGGAGGUUUCUAGGGUGCUUAUAAUAUUCUUGUAUUUUGUGGGGUUUUUGUGGGGUUUUUUUUUUUUGUUUUUUUUGCUGAGGAAGAUUCACCAUGAGCUAAUAUCUAUUGCCAAUCUUCCUUUUUUUGUAUGUGAGCUGCCGCGACAGCAUGGCAACUGACAGUGGUGUAGGUCCACACUUGGGAACUGAACCUGGGCCACCAAAGAAGAGUGUGCGGAACUUAACCACUAGACCACCGGGCCUGUUCUACUUUUUAUCUGUGUGCUCAAGCGUGUCCAGGAUGCAAAACUUCCUCCAGCUAUACACUUACUACUGUAAACUUUUCUUCAUGCAUUUUGCACUUCAAAAAGAGUUUUAGAAGUUAUGCUACCUUCAUAAAAUAAAUUGAGGGGUUUACAUCUUUUUUUUUUGAGGCCAUAGCUAUUUAAAUAGUAUUAGAAAUAUUUAUCCUUUAAUGUCUAGCUCGAACUCAGCUAUAAAAUCAUCUAAUCCUGAUGCCUUUUCUUCCUGUUUUUAUUAUGAAAAUGUUUAAACAUUCAUAAAAAUAAACAAAGUCGUAUAAUGAAUCUGCACAUGUACCCAUCAUCUGGAUUCAAUAUUUAUUAAAGUCUUACCACACUUGUUUCCUCUGUUCCUUUUGUUGUGUUUCCUGUGUCUGCUGGGGUAUUUUGAAGCAAAUCAUAGGCCUUAUGUCUAAGAUAUUAUCCUUACAUACUAUGGUGUGUAUCUCAGAAAAAUUUGAACAUUUUCUUUCAUAACCAUGAUGCCAUUAUUAUACUAAGAAAAUUAACAAUAAUUCCUUAGUACCAUCUAUUUAUUCAUAUUCAAAUUCCCUUUAUUGUUUCAAAAUUGUCUUUUUCUAGUUGGUUUGUUUGAAUCAGGAUCCCAGCAAGGUCUGAAGAUUGUAAUUGGUGAUUAGGUCUCUUAAGUUUCUUUUCAUCUAUAGCAAAUCCGCAUUUUUUUUUUCCCCAGCAAUUGACUUACUGAAGAAAUAGGUCCCUUGCCCCAUAGAAGGGUCCACAAUCCAGAUUUGUAUCCUCAUGGUGUCAUUUAACUUAUUCUUCUAUCAUCCAUAUUUCCUGUAAAUUGGAUAUUUGCUAAAGCCUUGAUUAGAUUCAGGUUCAACUCUUUUCCGAAAGAAUAUCAGGUGAUGCCGUGUACUUCGGAUGCUGUGCCUUCAUAGCAGAAGGCAAAUAAUACUGGUUGCUUCUCUUUUAGUGAUUAAGACUGAGCAUUGGGUUCGGGUGGUGACAGCCUGAUGCCUCUGAUUCUCAAGUUCCCUCUAACCUUUCAUCUAGUGCCUUCCAUCCAUUGACGAUUGAGGUAGGCUUCCUCUACAAGGCUCGCAGUGGUCCCACCUCCCAGGAUUCACAUCCUUGUGCAAUCCCCUCCCCUUGAGUCUGGGCUGGACUGUUGACCUGCUUCUACAGAUAGAAUGCAGCAGAGGGGAUGGGAUGUCACUUCAACGUGAAGUUACAAAAAGCCUGUGUGUUCUAUCUUGAAUUCCCUCCCUCAUCCACUUUCUAGCGUUCGGGGCGGCCGUCUGCCAUCUUCUGAUGUACCUCUUGGGGAGGUCCACGUGCAAGUAACGGAUCUCUGGCUGACAGGCCGCAGGGAUCUGAGAUCUGCCAACAGCCACAGGAGUGAGCUUGGAAGCAGGUCCUCCCCGAGUCAGCCCUCGAGACACCCGCAGCCCCAGCCGACACCUCGUGCGAGACCCUGAGCCGGGGGUUCCCAGUU